AUGUUGCGCGCGAACGCACGCGCAUCCCUCGCCUUCAACCCUCCCGACAUCAUGAACACAGAUACGCUUCAAGAAGAGCUUAUGGAGGCAGCGAGAUCCCAGGUUCUGACCAACUACGCUCGAGCUGCCGCCGUCUCGCUAAUGGCCUACGAUUAUUUUCUCAACCUGGGACUUGAGAUCAGCAUGAUAUGGGAACUGAAGCGCUUCGAACCAGCGAUGCUGGCAAUACGAGCAUACGUGAUUAUUGGACGGCCGAACAAGAUCUCGUGGCUAUUGGUGUCAAGUUUCGUGGCAGCUCAAGCAGUGAGCUUCGCUUCCAACAUUGUCAUAUGGGCCAAUGGGCCAUCUAUGUCCUAUGUGGCCAAUAACUACGGCAUCCGCUACUGCGUCACCGACACUCCAGCGAGCGUUAACUGGGUACCGUCAGCUGCGAAUGGUGCGUUGGCAGCCUUUGAGGUAAUUAUUAGCGUGUUGGUCGCUUUUCACGCCGUCAAGAGCUAUCCGGCGAACUACAAGUUCUCUACUAAUUCCGGCAAGACACUCAUGUCGAUCGUGGUCAGGGAUAACCUGGUCUAUUUCGUGAUAGCAUUUCUUGCAUUGGUCAUCAACACGAUGGCCAACGCGCCGUCACUCAACCAGUCUAUCGCGUACUGGGACAUAGAGAGUAUAUUCGAGUUCAUUUUCCUGACUAUGGUUGGGCCUUGGAUGAUUCUGAACACUCGGAAGCACAUCCGACACGACUCCGUAGAUGGGACUGACGGCACUGAACUGACCGACGUGAUCUUCUCCAGUGUCCCUCCUAUGGUCCCUGCCGAAUACCCUCAUGACAAUGACUACCAGUCACCCGCAGAAGCUCCUUUGCUUCGUUCGCCUGCAUGA